UCGUUUGUAGCUUUCUUGGUAGGUUGUCGCGCCUGCGCCUUGCAUCCAAUGGACCAAAUUUUAAGCAAGUGUAACUCGAGAACGGUGUAAAGUGCAUCUGUUUUGUGUGAAAAUCCUAUAAAUAGUGAUCUAAACAGGAUGUCAUGCGGCGCAGAAUGUCUCUCGCUGGGCCCCCCUCCGGACUCGAUCCUGCACAUGCCGCCGCCGCCGCUGCCGGCCUUCCUGGCGAGUGCCGCCAACCUGACGCCGCCCUGCCGCGCCUCCAAGUGCCCCCCCAGCAGGAACAACGAGGAGAACGCGCUGUUCCCCGGCGUGGAGUACCAUGAGCUACCCAGACAUGGUGAGAUACAGCCGGCCACUAACGACGACACCUGGUUCCUGGUGCUGAUCACCUGCUGCAUCGCCGUGCUCUGUAUAGCUGCGCUACUGGCUCUGUUCCUGCUCAAAUGUAGAGAGGCUCGAGGUGGUUGCAAGGGCGGCGCCGGCAAAGCAUCCGGCUCGAACGCGUUAUACGGUGGAGCAGCUCUGGACUCCCGUGUGUUGUGGGCCGCACUCACUCCGCGCGGGACAAGACACUUCGUGGCUGACACCUACCCUCACGACGAGACAGAAGACCACCACUACGAAUGCGUCGAACCCCCACUAUACAAGCUCGGCCCACCAGAAGACCUCGCCAUUACCAGACAUUUCAACGUAGAAUACGAAGACCCAGCACCAUUAAUCGAAAGCUACAGCGACAGGACGGAGGAGUACUUCCGGAAUGGAAUGGAGACGCUCCGCAGGGGAGCCAGGCCCCUGGUGUCGUCCCCGACCAGGAUCGAGCGCCCCAACCUGCCGCCGCUCAACCUGCAGCCGCGCACGCUGCGCCGGCCGCCGCACUCGCGCCGCGUCAGCGACGCCAACAACCCGGACAAGUCGGCCAUCUGAACCGAGACUGGCGCGGUCUUCUCCGUCGCCGACACUACCGAUAUCGAUUACGACUGGCAAUCAAUCGAGAACUCCAAUAUCGAUCGUCUCGUUUGAGAACCACUCUCUCCUGUCACAACAUUAGUUUGGACGAGUGAUGUAUCAAAUGGUUUAAAAUCUGCUCAAAACUGUGAAGGACGCUUUUAAUAAAAUCACAUAAUCUGGACAUUUACAAAUGUAGCAAAUAGAAUAACAGGACUUCUUUCGAUAGUAGCUAAGUAUUUGGAAAAGAAUUGCACCUAAUUAUUUUUGUAGCUCUUAUUUUUUUUAUCUCGAAGAGUAGUAAGAGAUUAUCAUAAUGCGACGUAAAUAAUCAAAUAUUCGCUCUUUUAUUUUUGUAUAACUUAUCGAAAGAGGUAGCUGAAUUUAAAUAAUUUAGCAGCUACUGGCGUUAGAGCCAAGCUUACAGUGCAUUGGUGUCAAGUUAUCCUGUGUAUUCAAACAUAAUUGUAACGGUAAACGGUAGAAAUGAAAUUGUUCGAUGUAAAUAAAAUAGUUUUAUAUUUAAAUUUCUUGUGCAAUGUAAAUGCUAUUAUGCCUCUAGAACUAGUCAUAAAUGGUCACAAUUUCUAGUCAUUUAUAGCACAAUGUGACAUUGUAAUUUAAAUGUCUAUUUUAAUCCUAUUGCUAGUGUCUGUGUAACUUGUAAGAUUUUAUUUUAUAUCAAUAUGUAUGACGAAUUUUUGUACGUGUCAAUAAAAUUUUAUGAUUUA